AUGCCCCCAAAGAACAACAAAUCCAAAGCCAAAGACGACAGCACCAAACUCAAACCAGCUACCAGCAUCAACGUCCGCCACAUCCUAUGCGAGAAGCACUCCAAAAAGGAAGAGGCGCUCGAGAAACUGCGCAACGGCGCUAAAUUCGAUGAUGUGGCGCGCGAAAUGAGUGAGGAUAAGGCGAGGCAGGGUGGUAGUUUGGGCUGGAAAGUACGUGGAAGCUUGAUGCUCGAGUUUGAAAAGGUGGCGUAUGAGCUGGAGCCGAGUUCGACGGCGAAUCCUAAGAUUGGGGAGGUGAGGACGAAGGAGGGGUAUCACAUUAUUAUGGUUGAGGGGAGGAAGUAG